ACUGUGUCUGUGUUGUUCUUUGUAUUUAAUGUUGUGUUGACGUAUGCUGCGAUGAACUACCGCUUCAGGGCGCUUUUAACUUGACAGUUGCAAACAGAAUAUCUCCACUAUACAUGAUUUUCUAUGGUUGCAAAAUAACCUGAAAAAACAAUGCAGUUUGUUGACGUAAUAAUAUAUUUUACUGGCUCAACAUAAAGUAAUUGCAGUUUUUUUAACAAAAAAAAUGUAACAAAAGAAUUCGAAUUCGCUGCUGCUACGAGACAGUGACUACCAAAUUUCGUUGUUACAAUUUGCUUUUCAGCAGGGCAGAGUAAGUAGUAUAACAAAUCAUGCAGAUGUCAAAAGAAUUUGCCGUUGACCUCGGUGAAAAAUAUAAUAAAGUCCUUAAACUGCUUGAGGAUAGUAAAUUUGACCCACCUAAUGAACCAUAUGCAUCGAAGUGUGCAGCAAAAGAAAUUCUUAUUGACAUGAAAGCAAAGUUGGAAAAUACAUCAAAUAAUCAAUUCAGUUCUUCCAGUGAACUAUUAAAAAUAAAAGCAAUGCUGGGAUCAGUAUACUUGUACUUAGGUAUGACAUCAAUUGAAAUGGAAGAGUUAUCAGAAGGAGAAAAUUCCCUACAAAAUUGUCAUGACACAAUUAGAGAUUUUUUUAAUAAUCCACAGGUAGUAAUGAUUACACUCAAUAUGUAUAAUCAGUUUGGGAUUUUGUGGUCACAAAGAGAGCCUGAAAAAGCAAAAAAUUAUCUACACAAAGCUGAACAGCUUUAUCAUAAAUUUAAAAGUUCUGAUAAUGUGGCUGUUGAUAUUAGUACGCUAUUUUGUUCAAAUCUAGAGACCCAAAAUGAAGAAAAUGCAAAACAAAAUUUUGAGAAGAUACACACUUUCACACUAUAUUAUUUAGCUCAGAUAUAUGGAGUUUUGAAAGAUGCAUUAAAGAGUGCAAUAUAUUGUCACAUUACAUUACAGAGACAACUGGACUCUGGAGACUAUGAUCCUAUCGAUUGGGCGUUGAAUGCAGCUACUUUGUCACAAUUUUUUAUGGAGAAAAAUGGUUUCAAACAAGCAAGACAUCAUCUAGCAGCAAGCUCUUACAUAAUGGAUGAAUAUAAAGAAAAAUUAUUUUCAGUUUCUGAAAGAAAUGAAGAGUUUGAUGCCAAAGUGGAAGUUUUUAAGCACAGAUCAGCAGAUAUUGCUCGUUGUUGGGCAAAAUAUGGGUUAGUACUAUUAUCUAAAUCUAAAGAAAGAUUAUUGAAUCAUACAGAUGAUAUUAGUGAAAAUUGUUCACUCUCUGCAGACCUUAGCAAAAUGACCCUAAAUCCUGAUGCUAAUGUGUCAUUAGAAGAACUACAAAAUUUAGAAUUUACCUCACCUAAACUGGGCCAUUAUGAAAAACAAAUAACUGAUAAAUUCGUAUUAAUUAUGCAAGAUGCGAAGCUUGUAUUUUUAAACAUACAAGGAUGGUUGCAGAAGGCUGAAUCUUACUAUACACUAGAGACUUUAGCAUCUGACCACAUAGAAAUAGUUCAGGAUCAGAGUAAUAUGUAUUUUGGCUUAUUGUUCUUUGAAGAUAAUGUGGACAAUCAAGCAAAGUUGCAUAAACGGCGGAUUGAUCUUUUAGAAAAUGUUAUCCAACAAAUCAAUCCCAAAUAUUACCUUCAGUAUUGUCGACAAAUAUGGUUUGAAUUAGGUCAAAUAUACUCUGAUAUCCUUAAUAUCAAGUGUGAUAAAUUAAGAGAGAUUGAGGGUAGACCAUCACCGCAUAUGUUGGCAAAAAUUAACCACUUAACUGAGAAGAGUAUUUAUAGUUUUACAUGUUUUGUAGAAUCUUUUAAAUCAGAUCAAGAAGAGGAAUUUGUCACGCAAAUUCCUGCGGAUUUUGAAAAAGCAGUUAUGCAAGCCUAUUUUCACAUUGGUGCAUUAAAUAAUAAGUAUAUAACAUUAAAUAAAAAAACACAACUAGCUAAUAUUGAAAUGAGUUACAAAGCAUAUAAGAAAGUUGUUGAUUAUUGUAAAUUAAAUGAAAAGGUAAUUGAACAGAUGCCAAUGGAACACAACAUUUGCAAAGAGAUGGUUACAUUAUUACCAGUUAAAAUGGCAAAAUUGGCACAAGAGCUGCAUUAGUUUGUGUCAUUAUGUUAUUUGUACUAAUUACUAAUUCAUUGUUGUAAGUAAGCAAAUAACGUGUAAUACAUAAUACCAGCAUU